AUGUAUCAUUUAAUUAGUAAUUACGAUUGUCUACUUUUUUAUGAUGAUGAAUUGGAAGCAAUUGUAAUUGCCUUUUCAAUUGAAGAUUCAUUGGAUGAUAAAGAAGGUUCGCGAUCGCAGAUCAUUCUUGGCAAGCAACGACGUGCGUUUAUUAGGAGAAAUCGUUUGGAGGGUCACAUACGUCUCUUCAAUGACUACUUUGUUGAUGCAUCAAUAUAUCCUCCUAAUAUAUUCAGGAGGAGGUUUCGGAUGAAUCGUGAUCUCUUUCCUCGAAUUCUUAACAAUGUGGAGAAUUAUGAGUCAUACUUCGUUCAAAGAAGAAAUGCUACCGGAAUGCUUGGGCUUUCUUCUUUUCAAAAGAUGAUUACCACCCUGAGGAUCUUUGCUUAUGGAGUUGGAGCUGAUCUCAUGGAUGAGUAUGUAAGAAUUGGAGAAACCACAACAAUAAAGAGCAUAAAUUUUUUUGUCAAAACGGUAAACUCGAUCUUUGGAGAUGAGUACUUGCAGUCUCCAAAUAGCAAUGACAUUGUUAGAUUGCUAGCAAUUGGUGAAAAUGAAUAUUUCAAGAUAUGUUGGGGGAAUAUUGACUGUAUGUACUGA